UUGGUCUGUGCAAUCAGCGGUCUCAGACUAUUUGUGGCGCCCUCAACCGUCUUAUACAAGAGCAUGGGCUUAUGCGUGAACUCAGGAGUGAUGGUGGUCCUUCGCUUGUGUCAUCUUAUUUCAAGCGAUGGUUGUUAAGUAAAGGUGUUUCCCAUAAAGUUGUGAAUAAAUAUUCACCUUUUGAGAAUGGCCUCGCUCAAAAGACGAUUGGUGGUCUAAAAUCCAGUAUCCGACUUUUUCCUGAGGUGUUACGUAGUCGGUAUCAUGAUUCCUCUCAUUGGUUUGAGGUAGCUGCUAAAGCUGUAAGAAGGCUCAAUGAUCGACCAUAUUGGAAUACUACUCCUUUUGCUCUUUGGUAUGGUCGUGAGCGACGGUCUGAAGAAGAAGUUCGGCUGGCUAUGGAACCUGAAGCUACUACGGUGGAAGCUCUGAAGAAGCACAGAGAUGAAUUUGACCGUGAAAGAUACCUUCGUUCGCCAACUGGACGAUAUACUCCGAGGACCUUGAGGAUUUCACCGGGCCAGAAGGUUAAGGUGUUCAGGCCGAGUUCUUUGCCUGGUGUUGGCCAUAGUCGAGGUCUGUUGAAGAAGCCAGUAUAUACGGUAAUUGCACAACAUGGUGUUGAUGUUGAGCUACUAGAGGAUGGUAAAGCCUCUGGUGAUGGAAUUACUGAGCAUAUUCGUAAUGGGGGUGAUGUUGUUGCCCAAGGAAAUGACCGUGUUGUUAUUGCAGUAAUCUGA